CAGGAGCAGGGAAUGGUCUGGCUGCCCGGGGGCAGCUUCCAGAUGGGAUCCCGGUCCCCGGGGAGGAGCGAGGAGGGGCCGGCCCAGGAGGUGACAGUGAAGCCGUUUGCUGUGGACAAGUACCCUGUCACCAACAGGGAUUUCAGGGAGUUUGUCAGAGAGAGGAAAUACAGAACAGAGGCAGAAGCCUUUGGCUGGAGCUUUGUCUUUGAGGAUCUCGUGUCUGAAGAGCUGAAAAAAAAAGUCACCCAGAAACUGGAGUCUGCCCCAUGGUGGCUGCCCAUCCAGAAGGCUUUUUGGAGGCAGCCCUCAGGCCCUGGCUCCAGCAUCAAGGACAGGCUGGAUCACCCGGUGCUGCACGUGAGCUGGAACGACGCGAGGGCGUUUUGUGCCUGGAGAGGGAAGAGGCUCCUGACAGAGGAGGAGUGGGAAUUUGCUGCCAGGGGAGGCCUGGAGCAAAGGGUCUAUCCCUGGGGAAACAAGUUUCAGCUGAACCGUACAAAUCUGUGGCAGGGUGAUUUCCCACGGGCAGACACGGCUGCAGAUGGUUAUCACGGCGUCUCGCCGGUGGCAGCGUUUCCUCCUCAGAACAACUACGGGCUCUAUGACCUGCUGGGAAACACCUGGGAAUGGACAGCAUCAGAGUACCUGGCCCCAGGGCACUCAGCAAGGCAACAUGCCCAGAAAAUGCAGGUCCUGAGAGGAGCCUCCUGGGUGGACACUGCAGAUGGGUCUGCAAACCACAAAGCUCGUGUCACCACCAGAAUGGGGAACACGCCAGACUCAGCCUCCGACAACCUCAGCUUCCGCUGCGCUGCCGACGUCCCACCGGUCAGCGCUGGGAAAAGCCAGACCAAACCCGAGCUCUGA